AUGAGCAAGCCGGCUGUCCCUACGCCUGCCGAGAAGCGGUCGCUGGUCGACGAAGUCCUUGGUGCCUUUCGCCAUGUCCCCCCCUCGAAGACGCUGGACCAUGUCGGUCGUUUCCUGAGCACCUGGAGCGGUACGGAUAAGUCGCUGAUGACUGUGCAAUACUCGUCCAAGGCGGUGGUCGGUGUCUUGCUCUUUCUUCAAGGCGUGCGUGCGCGUCUGAACCUGUCGACGGUCGGCAAGACCCCCAGCGGUGUCGCGCCGCUGCUCAAGCUUGCGGACCUGAUCGGCGAUGCGCGUAUCCUGUACCGUAUUUGGGGCCUGCUCCCCAUGAUCCAGUGGCUGAUCACGAUCGAGCGCACGCCCCCCCCCACGAAGCUCCUGCUGCAGAUCGAGCGUAUCCAGGCCUGGUCGAUGGUCGCGUACUGCCCCAUGGAGGCGAUUGCGUACCUCGGCUACCACAAGGUGCUCAACGUCUCGACCGACGCGCAGAACUGGCUGUGGAAGCAUGCGCUGCGCCUCUGGCUCCUGUACAUCGUGCUGCAGUUUGUGCACCUCAUCGAGGACAACCGUCUGCUGCGCCUGCGUACCAAGGCGCUCGAGCGCUCGCGCGGCCACCCCCAGCCCCGUGUGGUGAAGGGCAGCACGGAGCCGAGCGCGCCGCUGUCGGAAGACCAGCAAGUGACGCGCCGCAUGUGGGACGAGAUCCGCGAGCGCAAGACGUCCACUGGGCGGUGCCGGGCGGCGUGA